UUCUGUCCCGUCCGCACCUGCUCUGGCGGCUUACCUUCCCCGCACUGUCUCACCGCGGAGCCACGUCUCAGUCUCGGUUUAAUCCUGCACUGUGCUCAUUGACGAGGAGGAGGGUGGUGGGCUUGUAUUACAAGACAACACUGGCAGAGUGCUCUUUCAGUGACCACGUGCGCUUCUCGAGUAAGUGCGCUUUUGGAAGAAACAAUCAGAAAUACUUCUUUUAAUAUAAGAAACUGUAACAAAAAACACUCUGGAUAACGCAACUUUAGGGGCUUGGCUGUCCCGGCUGGAAGUGAUUUCCAGCAUGGUCCGCUCUGAUCCAUCCAACAGCUCUACAAGACGGCACAACAGGGACCUGGCCAGCGGUGGCACGGGCUUCCGCAUCGCAGACAUCACCAAGCUCCUGGGUGUGCAGAUCACCCUCAUUGCAGCCUACUCACUCAUCAUCCUGCUGGGGCUCGUCGGCAACUCCUUGGUGAUUUACAUGAUCGUCAAGUACAAGAACAUGCGGACAGUCACCAACUACUUCAUCGCCAACCUGGCCCUGGCAGACCUCAUGGUGGACAGCCUCUGCCUGCCCUUCACGCUGGUGUACACCCUGCUGGACGAGUGGAAGUUCGGAGCCGUUAUGUGCCACCUGGUGCCCUACUCCCAGGCCCUGAGCGUGCACGUCUCCACCCUGACACUCACAGUCAUCGCCCUGGAGAGGCACCGCUGUAUCGUUUUCCACCUGGGCCAACGCGUCUCUGUACGGACCAGCUUUGUCGUCAUCGCUCUUACCUGGCUGGUGGCGGCCAUCCUGGCUGGACCAUUGGCCAUCUUCCGAGAGUACAGGUACGAGGAAAUCCCCUCCAUCAACCUGAGGAUUGCAGUGUGCUCCGAGAAGUGGCCUCACGGGAACAACCGCGACGGCACCAUCUACAGCCUCUCCAUGCUCCUCCUGCAGUACGUCUUGCCUCUGAGCAUCAUCAGCUAUGCCUACGUGCGCAUCUGGAUCAAGCUGAAGAACCACGUGAGCCCCUGUAGCCGCAGCGACAGCCACUACCGCCGGAGAAAGACUACCAAGAUGCUGGUGAUGGUGGUGGUGGUCUUCGGGGUGUGCUGGCUGCCCUUCCACGUGUUCCAGCUGGCCAGUGACCUGGACCUGAUCAUGAAGUUUGAGGAGUACAAGCUCCUCUACACAGUGUUCCACGUGAUCGCCAUGUGCUCCACAUUCGUCAACCCGCUGCUCUACGGCUGGAUGAACAAGAACUACCGCAACGGCUUCCUCAUGUUCUUCCGCUGCGAGCACAAGCCUGAGGCCAUCCACCUGGAGUGCUCGAUGAGGACCAGGCUCAACACCUUCCAGACCGUGAUGCUGAACAGCAGUCACAAGUGGGGCGCCAGCAAUGGCCACCCUCCCACAGCUGUUUAGGCUUUGUAAAGCUGAGGGAACAGUGGCUUGAAACCUGGUUCCAGGUAACCAGGAGACCUAGUUUGAGGCAGCUUUGCUGUAUCAAACCCCAAGUCUCCCUGGGUGUGCCAUGCCGUGGCCUCUGAAACUAAGUUUUCUGAAACCAAGUUCCGAGCUACAAAGUGGCUUUGUGUUCCCUCAGCUUAAUAUUCUUUGGAAAGCAGCUUUCUGAUGAAGAAAAAAAUGUUCAAAUGCUAGAAGCAUCUUCAUCUCAUCAGUAUAAUCAUCUCACUUUCAAUGGAUGUUGAUUUUAAGUGUGCUGUACAACGCUGAUUUGGUUCUACAUUGCAGUUUUAUUUGAUGUGUCACUUGUUUUUAUUAUCAUUAGAUUUCUCUUCUACUCUUUCUACUUCCAUCAUCCUGGCCCUUGGCAUUCUAUUUUAUUUUUUCCCCAUGUGUUUAUUUUAAUCAAAUGUCUAUUUCUGUCUUUCGUUUUUCUUCCUUGGUAGGGCCAUUAGCAGUGAUGAACUGAGACAGUGCUUUAGGCCAUGGGUACCAGACAAGAUCCACCUCGUUCGAACACAGUGCCUUCAUUGUUUCUAGAAAUGUAUGCUGUCCGCCUUUUAUUGAUUUGCAUAGCUGUGUGGGUGAGUUUGGUUAUUUGUGAUUCUGCUCGCCUCUGAUCCCUGCCUAGCUCUGAUCUUCUUCCAAGUAUUCGGGAUGUGUUAACCUCUCCUGGGGGUGAUGUUCCUGAAGCAUGCAUGUGGGACAGAGACAAGCCUACGCCAGGGCGUAUCUGUUUCCACGGCCAAGCACCAGAGAAUCUCAUCCAGGACACAGUCCCUUCAUCCUUUGGCUGGUUCUUCUGAGGGGAUGGUUUCUCAGUUUACUCAUUGACAAGCUGACUAACAGAAGAGCUGGAGAAUAUUCUGAAAGAAAACAAACUAAAUUAAAUGGACCACAAAAAAAAGGACCACAAAUGUACAAGGUGUUUCAUUCUCAGACAAAUGACCCCAAAGUGUGAUAGCACUGUUCUCAGAUUCAUUUUUCAUAGUGCCAAAGUAGCAGUCAUGUUUAGUUACACUUUGCAGUCAGCAGAGUCAUGCAGAAGCUAUUAGCGUCUGUCAUUCCUCCCCUGCUUGACAGCACAAUUAUCAUUAUAAUCUCAUGGAAAAAAAGGCUUUGGAAAGAGGUAAAAAAAAAAAAAUCCAAACUGUAAACUAAAAACGAAAUGCAUUUGUUUGUAUAAGUAAAAAGCCCUGACUGUUUCUGAUUUCCAUUUGAAAUAUUUUGUAUUUAUUUUGUAUAUAUUAUAUAUAUAUAUUGUACUUGCUUCACUCAUAAUAGGAAUCUACAGAAGAAACUCCUUGUUCGAAAUGAUUAUAUGAGCUUUUGAUGUUUCUGUAUUUUUAAUAAAGUAUAUGAAUUGGACCAGUGCUCCGGGUUUCGUACAGCAACACCACACCUGUUCUGUUUAUAAAAUACAUGCAGAGUGAGUAAACCAUGCUUUGAAACAUGCCUUGUACUGUAUAUGUUCCAGUGUAUGGAAAGCACUUAGAAAUGUCAAUAAAUGUUAAAA